AUAAUUUUGUUUUUUUUUUUUUCUCUUUGGCUUUAAUCAAACUAGCGGAAAGAUCCUUUCUUGUUGAAUCACUUUUCGAGUUUUCUGAUUCGAUCGUGAUUUUGCUUUCUUGGCCUUUGCGGGUUCCUGUUUCAUGUUUUAGAUUUGGCAGCCUGUUCUUCAUGAGUUCAACAACUACUGGAGUAUCCACUGUUUCCUGCAAAUCGGGAAACAAGAACAACUUCUUUUUUUGGAUCUUAUUCUGCCUGCUACCAAAGUUUCUUGGGACUCCAAUCACAUACGUAAACUUCCUCCUAGUUAAGGCUGUUGACAGGAGUCCCUCAGCAGUGUAGUUUAGAGAGUUUUGUGCAACCAAGCUGUAAUAGUUAUCCCUUGGCCAUCUGUAUUCUGCAUUUUAGUAUUUAGGUAAUAUGGUGUCCUCGCAGUUAGCUGGUUUGAGUGGGAAGAACAUGUGCAAGCCAUUGCAAAACAAUAUGCUUUUUGCAAUGAACCUCCCAGAUGCUGUUGUGACUGAUAACAUCGAGCUAGAUUUCUCAGAUGUUUUUGGUCCUUUACCCGUUCAGACUCCAACAGAAACAACCAGAGUUGACCAAGGAAAUUUUAUGACCUCAGAUGCUAGCGAGCUUGUUUAUGAUGAUCCUCCUGUUCUUUACAGGCGUUCCCACUCAUUGGUUGGCCCCUCUUCUUGUGUCAGCCAGUCCCUGAAACUAAGCAAGCUUACUUUACAUGAGAAUGAGGACACAGUGGAUUUACUCGAGUGUGUUAAUGGGGAGUCAAUCACAGAAGUUGAAGAACAGACUAUUAAUGAUAUCCUCGAAAACUCUCUCAAACCUCUUGAGGGAAACUCCACAAAGACCAGCGCUGUAAGCAUUGAAAAUUUUGAGGUGCUGAAGGUUGUAGGACAGGGAGCAUUUGGAAAAGUUUACCAAGUGAGGAAAAAGGGUACAUCAGAAAUUUAUGCAAUGAAGGUGAUGCGGAAGGACAGAAUAAUGGAAAAAAAUCAUGCUGGCUACAUGAUAGCUGAGAGGGAUAUUUUAACUAAAAUAGAUCAUCCCUUCAUUGUUCAGCUCAAGUUCUCCUUCCAAACUAAGUACAGACUGUACCUUUGUGCUUGGAAUUUUGUAAAUGGGGGGACAGUGAUGUUGACUGAUUUUGGCUUGGCAAAGGAAUUUAAUGAAAAUACAAGAUCGAACUCCAUGUGUGGAACGGUUGAGUAUAUGUCACCUGAAAUUGUCCUUGGGAAAGGACAUGAUAAAGCUGCAGAUUGGUGGAGUGUUGGAAUUCUGUUGUAUGAAAUGCUUACUGGCAAGCCCCCUUUUCUAGGUAACAGGGAGAAAAUCCAACGGAAGAUUGUCAAGGAUAAGAUUAAGCUUCCAGGAUUUUUGACUAGUGAAGCACAUUCUCUGUUGAAAGGGCUGCUACAAAAGGAUCCCAGCAAACGCCUGGGAAGUGGAGCUACAGGAAGUGAGGAAAUCAAGCGGCACAAGUGGUUCAAGCCAAUUAACUGGAAGAAACUGGAAGCAAGAGAGGUCCAGCCUAGUUUUCGCCCAGAGGUUGCCGGUCAGCUUUGUAUAGCCAACUUUGAGAAGCGAUGGACAGACAUGCCUUUGCUGGAUUCACCGGCAGCCAGCCCGAAGACUAAUGUAAACCCAUUUGUCGACUUCACUUAUGUGAGGCCUCCAGCCUCUUUCCUUCAUAGGAAUAGUCCCGUGUGUUAAGAAAGUUCUAUCUUUUUUAAAAAAAAAAUGUUUUUUGUGCAACUUCCAGAUAUAAUUGUAUGAAGUAGCAAUCCUGCUGCUGGAUGGAGGAUUUAUUAAUUAUGCUUUAAGACAGACAAUGUUAAAAUUUUAAACGGACAAGGCAUAGUUGGUUAGAUUUUAUCUGGGCAGGUAAA